AUGCUAGGCAACGUCGAAGAUAGCAGCUUCGGUGACCCUGAAACCAACGUCAGCGAUGAGAGACCCACCUCACAGACAGCAACCAUCGGCAUUUCUAGUGUCCAAGACGAUGGCCUUGACGACGUGUCGGAAGAGACGAAGCUUUUGAACAAAGAGCUGAACGCUCUUACCUAUCCCAGCUCUCAAACACAAUUAGACUUAGCUACUCUCUCUAAAGCCGAAUACCGCAGUCUUAAACCGGGGAUUUCGAUUCUCCUUGUUCACCCACUGCAUCAGGAACCUUUGUACGUACUGACUUUGUCCAGCCUGUUGCCGACAGCCGCCAUAAUUACGACGCCUGACACCUUGGUUCAAGGUUUUACUCCGCUGAGGUCAUUUGCCGUGCCCCCACAGCGAGCGGCUUCAGAUACAGUGACCUUAAAGUCCGGUCGGCUACAACAUGCGCGAGCGCUUCACUUGAACACGCCAUCCCUUGAACCCGCCCCCCUCCCCCCUCCACACUAA